CAGCAGCGCUGGAGCUGCCCGAGCCGGAGCGGAGCCGCUGUUCUCAGCUGCAGCCAGGAUCUGCCCCCGGCCCCGCUGGGAUCCAGGCUGCAGAAUGUUUUGCUCCAGCUCAUCCCAGCCUGGCGUGGAACAGGGAAGAGAAAUGGCUGCAGUGGAGUCAGUCCAGGGGCCGGUGACCUUCAAGGAGAUGGCUAUGUAUUUCACCAGGGAAGAGUGGGCUCUGCUGGACCCCACUCAGAGAGCCCUCUACUGGGAUGUCAUGCAGGAGAACUAUGAGACUGUGACCUCGCUGGGCCAGAGAAUAACAUCCAUGUUUCGCUGCAGAUCAUCUCGUCCUCCCAGGGGCAAGGAAAUGGCUGCAAUGGAGCUGGCUCAGGGGCCGGUGACCUUCGAGGAGGUGGCUGUGUAUUUCUCCAGGGAAGAAGGGACUCUGCUGGACCCCACUCAGAGAGCCCUCUACAGAGAUGUCAUGCAGGGGAACUAUGAGACGAUGGUCUUGCUGGGUAAGGAUUCCUGUCCCUUCUGUUCUUGGAAGGGGAAAUGAAGAGUGAAGGUUCAUGCCACCCCCACAAUGCCAUCUGUACCCUGUCCUGUUUCAGCAUCACCCCAAUAGGCCAGUAACAUACAUACUACCAGAGACCCUCCUCUGCUGCAGAACA